AAGGAACAAUUCACUUUUAAGAGUAGCUGUAAGGGCAGUUCUCUUCUAGCUGGAGCUGCGAAAAAGAUAACUUGUGGGCGUCACGGGAUCUAUUCGAACAUGCAGUAGCGAACGCAGGACUUUUCGCAGCAGUUCCCAUUAAGACUUUAAGCUGUUAGAACAUUACCACGAGUCAGAGAAGAGACGUCUCGCCGGUCGACGGAAUUCGUGCCUUGUGACAACUAUACUCGAAGGAAUAACUACAGAAGCCACCCAGCCAUGAAUUCUAACGCGGGAACCUUCACCAUCAACGUUAACAAGACCAUGAGCUGGAAUCCCAUCACGCUUGUAACGCAAGUCCAAGAAUGGGGCGACCCAAGGACGCGCGAUUACCCACUAGUCAUGAACCCUAUGUUCGUCUUCCCCCUCAUCCUGUUCUACCUUUACUUUGUGAAGGUUCUCGGUCCACGCUGGAUGAAGGACCGUCCACCAUUCGAGAUAACCAAUCUCAUCCGCUUCUACAACCUCGCCAUGGUGGUACUCAAUGCCAAGUUUUGCUACAUUGUGCUGUACGAGACGUACCUGCCCACUGGUCGCUACAACAUUUGGUGCCAGGGCAUCACCGGCUACAUGGACGAGCGACUGGAAGAACAAUACCGCAACGGCUGGUGGUACAUAGCCGUGCGGUACGCCGACCUUCUGGACACCGUCUUCUUUGUGCUGAGGAAGAAGUUCAACCAGAUUACGCAUCUGCACGUCAUUCAUCAUACCAUCGUGGCAGUCAACUGCUGGUUCUGGGUGCUCUACGCCCCCGAAGGUCAACCGGCAUUGGGCUUGGCCAUAAACGCGUUCGUGCACGUGGUCAUGUACACGUACUACUUCCUAGCCACCCUGGGACCCUCUGUGCAAAAGUACCUGUGGUGGAAGAAGUAUCUGACAACGAUGCAGAUUGUGCAGUUUGUCAUUUUCCUGGUACACAUGUCGAUACCCCUGUUCGUGGACUGCGGCUUCCCGCGCCACCUCAUCCACGUGGCGAACGCGCAGACCGUGCUGGUGCUGAGCUUGUUCGUGAACUUCUACAUCAAGUCGUACAUGCGGGAAAAGGAAAACACAGCCUUGAGAAGGGCAAAGGCGGCGGCAAAGUACGAGGUAACAGCAAGCGGAGAUGCUCGCACCGAGACGUCAGCGAACAGCGCCAAUGGCAAAAAAGUUAAUUAAAUUUUAGACUGUUUUAACCAACUUAAUUUACAUUAGCGCGUACUGCGAGAAAAUAUAGCAGGCGAACAGGUACGAGGAAGUCUGCAAGAUGUACCGAAGCCUCUUGCAAAAUUAUGCAGACACCUUCUUACAUGGCCAGAGGCGCUGCAGGAUACCACGCGUAUGUAGUACUUUUCAAAUACUAAGGCUGUGCAACGUCAGCGCACGAGUUGCCGUUAACCUCCGGAGCUUCCAGUUAGCAUUGUUGUGAAGACCAUGUCUAAGCUCUGGUGACGAACCAUGUGUGUACUGGGAACUUUUUUUUAAAAUGUGCUAGCCGAACUUUCAUACCACACUGUUUCGCGUGAUCACAUGUUCAUCGCGAAACAUUUCCCAAACUUAAGGUGAUUCCAAGUACCUUCAGUUUGAAACCGAAAAUCAGGGAGAGGUGGCAUACCUCCGUAAUAUAACGAUAACACAGCGACAGGACUGAUCACGAUGACACGCGGCUGCUCGUUCUACUUCGCUCAAUGUGCCAUCACUGUUGUCUUUCUGCCGCUGCCGAUACGCAUGAGUUAUGCAUGAGCAUUUAUUGCGGCGCCGCUAUCUGACGAGCCUCACGCUUGUCGGCCUCUGCCGAGCGAUGCGAUUGCCCCAACUUACGUUUAAGCGGAGUCAUGCUGUGCGUAUCUCUAAGCUUCAGAUUCGCGAUAUUAAAGUAAGUUGCCGGUUUUGUCGUCCGUUUUAUAUAUUACCAGCAGCACGUCACCCUUACUUGUUCUCUUACUUACCUCUCACCUGCGCCGCUGCGUCAGAUCGCUUUUGAUACAUGUUGAACCAUGGUCUCUGGCGCCCCGCCUGCACUUGCGUGACUGCAUCGGCUCCACUUAGACGCAACAGCACCACCCUCCAAUCCCCCUUUCCCCAACCUCAAAAAAUAAAAAAAUAAAAAAGAAUAAAAAGUGUUUCUCCACACUGCUCGAUCCACUCCUUCACUGCUCUACGCGCGCGUGAUGCCUCUAUUCAUAAUUAAACCUCGUUAAGCACCCCUUCCAAGAGUACCUGGGCGUGUUCCGAUUGCGCGACUGUAG